GUCUACAUACCGCUAAUAAUAAAUUUCUAAACGGGUUGUGCGAUGUGAAUAUGUGUUAUUUUUAUGUAUUUUCUGCAUAUUUAUUUCUUCCACUCUCCUAAAAAACGAAUCGUUUGUAAAAUUUAACAUAAUUUUUAAAAAUAUAGCCUUAACUGGCAACACUUGCUAGCACAUGCUGAUUGGUGACGUAUUUGUUAUUGUUUAUAUGCUGCACUGUUCCAUCUUUACAUAACUGUCAACAUGCUGCGACCGAAUCACCGGCUUCAGUUAAUUUUACAACGUUUUCGUCAUGCAAAAACGCACUGGUCUGAACAGCAAAAGAAACAAUUCCCAAAAGACCGUGCACUAGAAAACUUUGACGAAUUCUACGGCUCCGUAUUCGGGGCACGAUGGAAAAGCAUACGGAUUGCGCUUCAGUGCGAACACAAAUACGUUGCACUGGUGAACCAGUUCGGAGACACCGAGGAAACCAUCCAACAGCUACAAUCGGAUGGUGCCAUUAGUUUGCGCGAUAUUUAUCUAGCGCGGAAAAAUGACUUGGCGGACGGUAAUCAGCAAAUGUUUACCGGAGGUAAAGUGUUUCAGAUGGAGGAGCGUGUUGCAGCAUUUCGAGAUAACCGAAAACAAUCAGAAAGGGACAAUCUGUACCGUGCAGAUCCCACUGCUGCUCCUAAUAGUAUAAAAACAUCCAACACUGACCUCGACCAAAUACGAUCAUCGGAAGCAAUUGAACAAGAUGUAGUGGAUUACAAGAAAUCGCUGGAUAAAAGCUUGAAGGAUGAUUCAGAAAUCGACUAUGAACGAUUGGUUGACCCAACCGUUGGGACAGCGGCUGCAUUACACGAGUUCGUCCCAGCGUCAAAGCUAAAAGGCAUGGAAGAUUACGUGUUCGAGUCGGAACAUUACAAAUACUACAGUAACAGCACUGAUUUUCCGCUUAAAAUUGAAAUGGAAGAAUCGUUCAAUAUUCCGGAACAAUUGCACCUUUACACGUACGAACGGGCCAACGUUUCAACCUUCCGAAGUCCCCGUAAAUGUACAACCGGUGUUUUAUCGCAUUUCCUGUUCGAUGGUGCUUCCUGUUUACCGCCACUGGUCCUUGGUGUGCAACCGGGCGAACGAGUGCUUGAUGCAUGUGCAGCACCCGGUGGGAAAUCAUUACUUUUGCUGCAAACCCUUCUUCCCGGUACGAUGGUUAUGAACGAUAUGGCCGAAAGUCGGUGCAAUCGUAUCCGUCAACUGAUGCGCCAGUAUUUGUAUGAUUUCGAUGAAAAGUGGAAACAAAAACGUUGCUUCAUCACGCAGUGUGAUGCACGCAAUCUGCAAGAGCACUCCAUGUACGAUCGGGUGCUUGUGGACGUUCCGUGCACGAAUGAUCGCCAUUCGGUGAUGGAGAACGAUAAUAACAUUUUCAAACCAUCAUGCGUGAAGGAACGUUUGCGGCUACCUGAGGUGCAGGCGAGUAUAUUGAGCAAUUGUUUGAAACUUCUACGGCCCGGAGGAACGCUGGUGUACUCUACUUGCAGCUUAAGCCCUGUGCAGAAUGACGGUGUCGUUCAUAUGGCUUUAAGCAACGUUUUUAGUGACGCGGGAUUAACGUUUACGAUCAAGGAUCUCAGUCUAGUGAUGCAACCACUACAGGAUAUCUUUAAAUUUGCAAACCCGGCGACGUUAAAGUAUGGACAGUUAGUGCUGCCAUUUCUACCGGCUAACUUUGGACCGAUGUACAUCUGCAAGAUGGUUCGUAAUGAGUAGCAAGUUUACAUCUAAACGAUGCUGGAUUUAUUCGUUAGCUUAUAGUAAAUAAAGAUUUAUACUUUAAGUUUCUUUUUCUUCGGUUUGGCUGCGAUCGGUGCCGGAGCUUUGAAAACGGUACUGAAAGAAAGAAAUAAAACGGUGAAUUAUUAUCACAUA